AUGGAUACAAUAAAAUUAGAUGAGGACAUACCUGAAAAGAAACUACAAGAAUUUGACUAUGAGGUGAUUCAUCGACCAGCAGAGAAGAUGAGACAUGUGGAUGCUCUAUCCCGAAAUACCAUAAUUGAAGCUGAAGAGACAGAGUGUGUGGAUGGACUUAUGGUAUUGAAUAACUAUUUAAUAGAAGAAGACUGGUUAACCGUGGCGCAGAGAAAUGAAGAAAAACCGAAACCUCCACCAAAACCGAAAUGUGAAGAGAAGCCGAAGUGUCCACCGCCAAAACCAAAAUGUGAGGAACCUAAACCAAAAUGCCCACCACCAAAACCAAAAUGUGAACCAAAGUGUAGAAGGAAACGCACCAAAUCUGCCGACUGUCCCAAGAAACCUAAAGAGGAUGAUUGCAAACAAUCCAAAUCAGCGGGAGAUAAACCAUCAAAGGACUGCAAACCGGAGAUGCAUAUUCCCGAAUGCAGUGUGGAGAAAGCCAAGUGCCCAUCCUGA